AUGGGUCUUGUUGCUUUCUUCCUCUUCUGUCUUGUUGGUCUCUCAAGUGCAGAAAUUUCGAGCAAGAUAGGCAUAAACUACGGCAGGCUAGGAAACAACUUGCCCUCUCCAAGGCAAACCAUGGCGCACAUCCAAGCUGUGAAAGCAGGCCGCGUGAAACUCUACGACGCCAACCCAGAAAUGUUGAGGCUUCUUUCAGGAACCAAGCUCCAAGUUUCUAUUAUGGUCUCAAACCGCGAAAUAUCAGGCAUUGCUUCCAGCCAGACCGCCGCCGAUGAAUGGGUCCGAAACAAUGUCGUUCCGUACUACCCCGACACCAUGAUCCGUUUCCUACUUGUCGGCAACGAGGUCCUCAGCUCCUUGUCAGACCGAGAUCGGCAAAUGUGGUUCGAUCUUGUCCCGGCCAUGCACAAAAUCAAAAUCUCUCUCAAAGCCCAAAAUAUCUCCAACAUCAAAAUCGGUACCCCGUUGGCCAUGGACGUAAUGCGAUCAACUUUCCCACCAUCAACCGGGAUGUUCAGGUCCAAUGUAUUGAACACGGUGAUGAUACCAUUGCUACAAUUCUUGCAUGAAACCAAAUCGUAUUUCUUCCUAGACGUGUACCCAUACUUCCCGUGGGCGGCCAACCCCGCUCACAUUAGCCUUGAUUACGCAUUACUUAAAGGAAGGACUCGCUACAUUGACCCUGGAAACGGCUUAAUCUACACAAAUUUGCUUGAUCAAAUGCUUGACUCGGUGACCUUCGCCAUGACCAAGCUCGGCUUUCCGGACAUCCGGAUUUUGAUAUCGGAGACGGGUUGGCCAAGCGCAGGUGAUAUCGAACAACCGGGAGCAAAUAUACAAAAUUCAGCCACCUACAACCGGAAUCUUGUACACAAGAUAACAGCAAAACCACCCAUUGGGACCCCGGCUAGGCCUGGCAUCGUUAUACCGACAUUCUUAUUCGCGUUGUACAAUGAGAACCAAAAGGGUGGUCCAGGAACAGAGCGGAAUUGGGGGUUGUUGCGCCCGGACGGGACACCGGUUUACGACAUCGACCUGUUGGGGAAGCGGCCUUUAUCGGACUAUGUGCCAUUGCCGAUGGCGAAAAACAACGUGCCUUACAGGGGCAAGGUUUGGUGCGUGGUGGCUAGAGGGGCGAAUUUGUUGGAGUUAAGAGCAGCAUUGGCGUUCGCUUGCCGUGAAAGUAACGGCACAUGUGAUGCGCUUGCGCCGAGGAGGGAGUGUUACGAACCCGUUUCGUUGUUCUGGCAUGCGAGUUAUGCAUUUAGCUCCUACUGGGCAAGGUUUCGGAGUCGGGGCGCGACUUGCUAUUUCAACGGACUUGCGCAACAAACGACAAAGAAUCCUAGUCGUGGAUUUUGCAAGUUCCCAAGUGUGGCUGUUUGA